GCCUCGUGCUGAGGUCCAUUGUUUUAGGCUGAAUUUUAAUAUAUCGAAAUUGGUCUAUUAUUAUUGUUAUUUCCGAUUGACACCAACCCACCCGGCCCCGAGAACAACAACACAGAAAAGCGCGGGUGGCCUGGUUGCCAUUCCCCAUUGUUCCGAUACAAAUAUGGCGGAUGAUUUUCGCGGGGCGAAGAGCAGAACCACAACGAGUAUUUCGCUUUUAUCGCUUCAGAGACCUUGGAUGGGAACGAAACGGUGCAAGUACUUACCCUAAAGACUCAUCGCACGCUUCAUUAGGUCAAUUAAGCACCAUAUGUCGCUUGUUUUGGUUUCAGCAACUGACGAAUUUAAAUUAAGCGGUCCCGACAGGAAAAUUCAAGCGAAGAUUUAUGCUUACUCAGCUUGGGUGGCAGUGUUCUCACAGAUCCUCAUUGGCAGGCUGAUGAUUGUUCUUCUACUGCUGCGAAAAAAGUUAACGGCUUAAUCAGAGGUUUGAUAUCGUAGUUUGUGUCAAUAUCUUGUUUAGUAAACUAUGGCAGAUGUUCACGUGCCAAGCGAUGGUGAAGACGACAUUUCAGUCACUGGUAACUCGUCAAACCAUGUUUUGGACAGUGACGAGGAUAGUCUUCUAGGUUUUGAGGACGAUUUCGAAGGAGACGACGAAGAUGUUGACAUUGGCGAGCCAACGACUUCCAAUGCGACUUCAAAAAGUAAUGGAGAAGUUCCAGCUAAAAGGAAAAGAAAAAAGAUUGAUCCUAGCAAACGAAAACGUAUUCGGCGAAUUCUUCGUGAAGAUGAACUGACUGACGUAACGAUUUCGGCGCAGAAAGAAGAACGAGAACGUUUGCGGCGCCUUGAGCUCCAAAAAAGCUUAGCAACCGCAGCUUCUAGUUCACUACCAAGCUCAAAAGUCGUCGAAAAUUUGAGGUCUGAGUCGCCAGUUAGUACCUCAAAACCGUCUUCCCCAGUUGCUGUUGAUGUCCGAGAGAAAAAGGAUAAUGAACCACAUAUUAUUGUCAUUGACAGUGAUGAUGAAGGUGACACGGAAUCUCACUGUUCAACUGUUAACUACUGUCAGUGUGAUUCACAAAAUUCCGCUGAAAAUUUAAAUGGGGAUUUAAUUGAAAUCAUCAGUUCUGAUUCUGAGGUUGAAGUAGACGAUAGUGAUGAUGACGAUGAUGAUGGGAGUGGUGGUCUUAAUGCUUGUAAACACAAUGAUGUUGACUAUGACAAUAGUGGCUUACAUGCCGAUGACAGUGCCAAUCAAGUUGAUCCGCAGGGGCGGGUUCUUGUUAAUGUUAAUCAUCCCCUUGAUGAAGAGGACAUUUUCCUUGCUCCGCAGAUUGCCAAAGUUAUCAAGGCACAUCAGAUCGGAGGAAUAAGGUUCCUUUAUGAUAACCUUGUAGAGACACUUAACCGUUACAAAGUCAGCACAGGAUUUGGAUGUAUCCUGGCCCACUCAAUGGGCCUUGGAAAAACUCUUCAAGUGGCUAGCUUUGUUGAUAUCUUCCUGAGAUAUACCACAGCUAAGAAAGUCUUGUGUAUUGUACCAAUUAAUACGAUACAAAACUGGCUAGCAGAGUUUAACAUGUGGUUGCCAUCUAAGCCUGAUCUUAUCACAGAUAGUAAUGGCAUUGUUGUGGAAGCAUCAGAUUCAAGUACAGUUCGUUACAGGGAUUUUAAAGUGCACUUGUUAAGUGACAAUCACAAAACUACAAUGGCACGAGCUAAGGUUAUAGGUGAGUGGAAUCAAAAUGGUGGUGUCCUUCUUAUGGGUUACGAGCUUUACCGGCUUCUCUCCACCGUGACGCCUUCCAUGUCCAGCAUCAAGAGCAUGCCGACUAAAAAGAAGAAAUCACCAGCACCUGACAAAAUGAAUGGUGAACCAGAAGUGAUUGAUCUGGAUGAAGAGGAAAAGCACAUGGAACUGUUAAUUGGAGUCCAGAAGGCUCUUUGCAGACCAGGAGCUGAUCUUGUCAUUUGUGAUGAAGGGCAUAGGAUUAAAAAUGACCAGGCAAAUAUUUCACAGGCCUUGAAAAAAAUCCAUACAAGACGUCGAGUGGUGUUAACUGGUUACCCUCUACAAAACAACCUUCAAGAGUACUGGUGCAUGGUUGACUUUGUGCGACCCAACUUUCUAGGAACCAAACAGGAGUUUUGCAACAUGUUUGAAAGGCCAAUACUCAAUGGACAGUGCUCUGACAGCACACCGUCUGAUGUGAGGGUGAUGAGAUAUAGAGCCCAUGUACUUCACAGCUUGCUAGAAGGUUUUGUACAGAGACGCAGUCAAGUGGUCCUGAAGAAGUGCCUUCCAUCCAAAGAAGAGCAUAUCAUUUUAGUGAACAUGUCUCCUAUUCAGAGAGAACUCUACAACACAUUUGUUGAACGGCUGUUGGGCUCAGUCGGUUACAUCAACCCUAUAAAGGGUUUCCACACAUGUACCAAGAUCUGGAACCAUCCUGACAUUUUUUAUCACUCUUUGAAUAUGAAAAAUAGUGACAGGAAUGAGUCACCAUUGACAAUCACUGAUGACUCAAAUGGAACAACACAAAAUUCCAUAUCAGCUGACAGAGGUGGUUCUCCUUCAAGUGCAACUGCCGUCAUCUCACAGAAUCAGUCUUCUGCAUCCCAGCGAUCUCCUUACUUUCCAUCAUCAACAAAUACACAGACGGCAAAUGUACAACCUGUACCUGCAUGUUCCCAACUUGCUACCCAGGCAGUGGUGAGGUCGACGAUGCAGUUACAGCAAAUGGUGUCCUAUCAACUCGCAGGACAGACUGUAACCAUGUCAACAACAACAACGCAAGCUACCACAAGCACAAGUGAUUGUCCUGCACUUGUCACUCAACAAGUGGUCAUGCCGGCUGACCGCAGUUCUGCUUUUGUUGAAGAUAUGGCAUGGGCCAAGAAUGUGUUCAAGGAUUAUCAACCUGGAGUGAUGAAAAAUGGUGGCAAGCUUGUUGUGCUUAUGGAGAUCAUUGAGGAGAGUUUAAAACAAGGAGAGAAAAUCCUCAUAUUUAGUCAAAGCUUGUCCACCUUGAGUGUGAUAGAGGAAUUCCUUUCAAAGUGUGAUAUACCAUUCUAUCCUGGGCGGGUCGCUGAUCCACUGAAGCCAGUUAGAUGGGCCAAGAACAAGAGCUAUUUUAGGCUAGAUGGAAACACGUCUGCCCAAGAAAGAGAAAGACUUAUCAAUCGCUUUAAUGCUCCAGAAAACACUGAGGUCUUGUUAUUUAUGUUAUCAACAAGGGCGGGGUGUCUUGGUAUUAACCUGGUCGGUGCAAGCCGUGUUGUUGUGUUUGAUGCCUCGUGGAAUCCUUGUCACGACGUGCAGGCAGUUUGCAGGGUUUAUCGUUAUGGCCAAGUGAAGCCAGUUCAUAUUUACCGUCUAAUAAGUACAGGGACGAUGGAAAAGAAGAUUUAUGAUCGACAGAUCUCCAAGCAGGGCAUGGCGAAUCGAAUUGUGGACGAACUCAACCCAGAAGCUAAUUUCACCAAGCAAGAAAUAAUGAAACUUAUUUGUGAAAAGGAAGCAGCGUCGCCUGCGCCAGAUUUGGCAGCAGCCGCUGACCAGUUCAGUGACCCUGUGUUGGUCAGGUUGUGUAGGCAGAGCACUCCGUGGAUAUCCAAGGUUCCGUUCAAACACGACUCGUUGCUAGUGGAUAAGAAAGAAUUAAAGCUGACCAAGGCAGAAAAGAGAGAAGCAAAGAGAGGUUAUGAAAUGGAGAAAAGAGCUGCAAUGCAGGGUAACCGGUAUUGUCCUGGUGUGAUUCAACCAGUUUAUAACAGGACACAACAACCCUUCGUGCCCAAACCGGUUUAUCCAGAUGGAUCAGUUGCGAAACAACCGUAUAGCUCAGCUGCGAACUGCACUCAUCACCAAACCCCUCUACAUCUCCCUAACUCUGUCCUGCAUCUGCCGCUCGCUUCCUUGAUACGCGCUGGUGUUGCUGUGCCGUCACUUCAGGGAGGUACACAGGGUACCCAGUCUGUCCCCAGCACUUCGUCGACAACCACGUGUGCGCAGUCGCGGGGGAAUCAGCAGGCGACCUCGUCUAAAGAUGAUGUGGUUAUGAUAGACUUGGACGAGUUGCCAUCACCUACAAAGCCAAUGCAAGAACCAUUUUCACAUCAGACGCACCAAUCGCAUUCAAACAAUGACUUGUUUAGGAUGGCUCGCAAUGCGUUCCCCAAUAUUUCUCCUGGAUUCAUUGACUUGCUCUUAAAACAAGGGAACGCACAGGGUUCCCAGGCUCUGAAUGUUCAUGGUCACCAGGCAAGCCCUCAAGAAAGCACCCAGGCUGUAGACACUGAAGGUGAAUCAACUGACGAGAAGGUUGCUAGUGCGGAUAACAUUCCGUCGAAUAACGCGAGUGCCGCUGAAAAUUCCACGUUGAGAACACUACUGGCUAAGAGCCCAACAGAGGUGCAAACUUCAAGCACCCCUCCCAUAGAGGAGGAGGUUUCAACCGCUUCGAAUCAACCUAGCGAUUCAGUUCAAGAGGAGAAAAACUGAUGUACAAUCAUCACCCACCCCUCUCGUGGUACAAGUGUUGACAACUGAUCCGGAUCAACUUUACCCAUCCCUCCCACGGUAAAAGCACUCCACAGCAGUCGUUUUCCCUCAGGGGGAGAGUGGUAAAGAUUGAACGAGGUCCAAAGAGAAAUCUAGAGGCUGACCUUUUGCGGUGCGGUACGGAUGUUACAAGUUGAAACAAACUUAAAAACAGAAAACAUUUUUUUGGACUAUUCAACGUGGAAUAGUUUAGAACCUUGGACGGGAAGUUACUUUGUUAUGGCAAGUCAGGUGAUGGGUCUGUCCAGAUGAACAAUUUCCAGGAAAUUCACUUUAAUAGUUCGCCUUUUGAUUAGCUAAGAAAGUUGGAAAAAAAGUAUGGAAAACAUUGGGUGCUUCACAUGAGCUCUGCCAUUCGACAGAAAAAGAGAGACAUCAGGUGGAAGACUAGUAGAAAUUUAAAUUCCGGUAGGUUUUGUGUAGGACAUUGUGAGUUACAAAUCGAGGAUGCCCCAAUAGACUUUACUCCCAAUAGCCACUGGUGCUGUUUCUGAUAGUUUUCUUGAUGGGUUUUCAUUUAUGAUGCAAAUUAGGUGCAUGGUCUUACAGGGGACAAACAUUGGAAAGAGGACAGUCCUUUGAAAACUUGUCCCUAGUCUCCUUCGCAGCCGUUAUUAGGGUCGUCACGCAACGCUUUAUCUCUACUUAGUUGGAAGAAGCGUUGCUUGACGUGACGACCCUAAUAACGGCUGUGAAGGAGACUAACUCUUUCCAGCAGUGAAUCAUUUGUGCGAAAAUUACUAUUUUUUUUUUUUUGAGAGCCAAAUUAUGGAAUAUUGAUUUCAUAAUAAUAUAUGGUUACUUUGGAUUAGCUAAUUAAUAUCUUCACUUGACAACUUUGCAAGCCAUUUGUUUUCUAGAAAUGCACUGAGAAUGGCUAAAAGUUUAGAGAAUUUUAUUCUAGUGUACUGAAAGCAUAGCAUGGUUAUGUUAAAAGUAUCAGAAAUAAUAGGAAACCAGUUGAAAUUUGUCGAUUUUCUACCUAUUUUCCCCCACGGAAAUCACUGCUUAAUCAGCAUAAUAUGAAAACCAAUAUUGCCGGCUUUGGUGAAUACAAUCUAUCGAAAGGAAAAUAUCCUCAGGGCCGUAGCUAGUAAGAGGCAAGCCAAGGCACUUGCCUCAGUCAUUGUUUUUCGUUUUUGUUGUUCUUGGUCAUCGUAAACAUCCUAAACACCUAGGAAGAAAAUUUAACUAUGGACAUUGCCUCUGUCGUACUUUUGUGAUGGGUAUUGCCUCAGUCAUAAGUUUUUUUUUUUCUCUGGCUACGGCCCUGAUCCUGCAACGUAACUAUCGCUGCCUGUUACUUGUUUCGUUACAGUAGCGUAGGAUAUGCAAAAAAAUCCAUCUCCGUAGGGUACUUUUCUUUUCUUGCGAUAGUUUUUCACGCUGAAAGAUGCGUUCCUAUUUGGCACAUUGCCAACUGGGAUUUUUUUUUUGUCGUAACUGGGAUGUUUGGGGAACUAUUGUUGGCGAGUAAUUCAAUGUGAUCAAAACAAAAGUUAAUCACCCAGUGCGGGAUCGAGAAGGAACUACAACUCUCUCAGUCUGGGAGCAGUCGCUCUUGGGCUCGAAAAUCGGCGAGGGAAGAACGCAAACCAGAACCAGAGGUGAGCGUUGAAACCGCGAGCCGCGAGUAGUGCGGGCGUCGUAAGACGAGAAACGCGCGCGCUACACGCGGCUCGCAGCUUCGCUGCUCGCUGUUCGUUUGCGUUCUUCCCCGAUUUUUGCUGCGGUUUUUCGAGGAAAAGAGAGACCGCUCGCAGUCUACUACGCUCACGGUGAAUUCCUUGUGUUAUGAUGCGGUUAAGAAGCUUGAGUAUAGCGCAGAGCUUUAGGUGAAGCUCCCCACUUUCACAGACCUCACGAAACAUGUACAUAGGACGAUUGAUGGUUGAUUGCACGAAGACACAAUGUUUGGUUGUGUUCAGAACAUGGUUCUGCUUAGAUCGCUGACCAAAUUUUGUAAAGGUUACAAAAAGUAUAUACAUACUGUAUUUAAACACUUCUUAAAUUCGAGAUUGUACGAGAUUUCACUGAAUAAAUACACAUUUUAUUAUCAAAAUCUAUCAGUUAUUGCGAUUUCAUGCUGCAUGGCGCGAGGAGAAAUUUCAGCGAAACUUCUGUUGCACGAAUGAAGGCUUCCCAUGUUUCACUGGCCCUUGAAAAUUUCGUUUUUUUUCCUCCCUUUGCCUAUUAAAAAUUACCAUUU